ACGGUACUUUACUAUUAUUUUUUCAAGUAUUAAAGAAAUUCGUUUUAAGUACUACAUAUUUUUGUGAGGUCAUUACGUUAUCAUUCUUUGUUAUUGUUGAUUUAUUGGUUAGCAGUCCAAGUAAUACUUGCGUAAUAGUAAUAUUACUUAUAGAAUCUUAGUGUUGACAAUUAUUAAAUUAACAAACAAGUUAAUAUGAUGGCGUUGAGGCAGAGUUUAUCCAUAGCAAUUCUCUUAUCAUUAAUAUAUAAAUCUGAAUGCAUUCAAUGUUACUACUGCACCAGCGCGAACAACACAGCCUGUCUCGACAUUAAUAUGUACGAUGAAGAGCUGCGCUCGCGCAUCGUUCCGAUCAUCGAGUGUGACAGAGCCAUCCCAAGCUCAGUAGCCGUCAACUUCUUCUGCAGGAAGAUUGUUCAAACCGUUUUUCAUCCCCACCGUGAUUCAGAGGUGAGAGUUACUCGCGGUUGCGGCUGGGUGACCCACGAGAAGGAUUGCUAUAAGGAUGACAACAGCGACCACCUCGGAACCUAUUGCCAGUGCUACAACAACCUCUGCAACAGUGCAGAGACCGUCGACCCAGCAGUCGCCACCUUUCUCUUUCUAAUCUUUGCUGCCGUCACUUAUUUGUGGAGUGGAAUGUAGAUUACACACAUUUAGUUUAA